AUGUCCCAGCAACCUCAGCAAGUGUGGCAUCCAGCUCACAUGCUGCAACAGAAGCAACCGCCCGCCGUGCCCCAGCAACUCAAAUGCCCCUCAAAUGCCCCUGCCAACAACCACUGUGCCCCAGCAAGUGUGGCAUCCAAUCAAAUGCUGCAAAAGAAACCGACCGCCGUGCCCCAGCAAGUGUGGCAUCCAGCUCAAAUGCCCCUGCAGCAGAAGGAACCGACUGCCGUGCCCCAGCAAGUGUGGCAUCCUGCUCAAAUGCACCAGAAGCAACCGACUGCCAUGCCCCAGCAAGUGUGGAAUCCAUUUCACACACUGCAGAAGCAACCGACUGCCAUGCCCCAGCAAGUGUGGAAUCCAUUUCACACACUGCAGAAGCAACCGACUGCCAUGCCCCAGCAAGUGUGGAAUCCAUUUCACACACUGCAGAAGCAACCGACCGCCGUGCCCCAGCAAGUGUGGCAUCCAGCUCAAAUGCACCAGAAGCAACCGACUGCCAUGCCCCAGCAAGUGUGGAAUCCAUUUCACAAACUGCAGAAGCAACUGACCGCCGUGCCCCAGCAAGUGUGGCAUCCUGCUCUAAUGCCCCUGCAGCAGAAGCAACCGACCGCCGUGCCCCAGCAAGUGUUGCAUCCUACUCAAAUGCCCCUGCAGCAGAAGCAACCGACCGCUGUGCCUCAGCAAGUGUGGAAUCCAUUUCACACACUGCAGAAGCAACCGACCGCCUUUCCCCAGCAAGUGUUGCAUCCUACUCAAAUGCCCCUGCAGCAGAAUCAACCGACCGCCGUGCCUCAGCAAGUGUGGAAUCCAUUUCACACACUGCAGAAGCAACUGACUGCCGUGCCCCAGCAAGUGUGGCAUCCAGCUCAAAUGCCCCAGAAGCAACCGACCGCCAUGCCCCAGCAAGUGUGGCAUCCUGCUCUAAUGCCCCUGCAGCAAAAGAAACCGACCGCCGUGCCCCAGCAAGUGUGGCAUCCAGCUCUAAUGCCCCUGCAGCAGAAGCAACCGACCGCCGUGCCCCAGCAAGUGUGGAAUCCAUUUCAUACACUAAAGAAGCAACCGACCACCGUGCUCCAGCAAGUGUGGCAUCCUGCUCUAAUGCCCCUGCUGCAGAAGCAACCGAACGCAGAGCCCCAGCUGGGGUGGCAUCCUGCUCAGUUUCCCCAGCAGAAGCAACUAGCCCCUAAGCCUCUACUGCAGAAGGAACCAACCACCAUAACCCAGCAACCUCAGCAGGUGUGGCAUCCAGCUCAAAUGUCCAAGAAUCGAACAUCCACUGAACCUCAGCAGCAGAAGCAACCAUCCACCACGCCCCAGCAAGUGUGGCAUCCUGCUCGAAUGCCCCUGCAGCAGAAGCAACCGACCGCCGUGCCCCAGCAAGUGUGGAAUCCAUUUCAUACACUGCAGAAGCAACCGACCACCGUGCCCCAGCAAGUGUGGCAUCCUGCUCUAAUGCCCCUGCAGCAGAAGCAACCGACCGCCGUGCCUCAGCAAGUGUGGAAUCCAUUUCACACACUGCAGAAGCAACUGACUGCCGUGCCCCAGCAAGUGUGGCAUCCAGCUCAAAUGCCCCAGCAGCAGAAGGAACUGGCCGUCGAGCCCCAGCAGCAGAAGGAACUGGCCGUCGAGCCCCAGCAGCAGAAGGAACUGGCCGUCGAGCCCCAGCAGCAGAAGGAACUGGCCGUCGAGCCCCAGCAGCAGAAGGAACUGGCCGUCGAGCCCCAGCAGCAGAAGGAACUGGCCGUCGAGCCCCAGCAGCAGAAGGAACUGGCCGCCGAGCCCCAGCAAGUGAGUUUCAAAUCGCACUACAAGAAUGGCAGAACUGGAGUCUCCCAAAUCAGCUACACUCCUAGGGAGGCAAUGCCUGUUGACAGUGGAAAUGCUCCCAAGGACGGUAAUGUUAGCAUUGGUGCACCAAGCAUAUAUCCAACACGAGUGAAGGAUUCUGCAAGGGAAAUAUAAUGGAUUCAUCCUCUAGAAGCUCUAAUGACCAGGAAGUUGCUGGUGUUCUUGCUACUCUAGUGUGAUGGAAUCAAUAAACAAUUUGACUUUAAAAAA